CGAAACAUGUGGAAAGUCGAUGCAAUCGACAAUUUAUAACCCAUGAUCGAGAAAAUUUUAGGCGUUAUAGCCUUAUCUCUCGGGAAAAAAGCGACUGUUUAUGCUGUCGGAAGGGUGAGUACCAUCUAUCCUUAUUUUAAACAGUCUUAUGAUCUUUGCCUCCCCCGAUUCGUCGUGAAGUGUCGCGUGCACCUUACCUUGAUCGAUACGCUUGCUGAAUUCACCUUUUGAUAUAUUUCCCGUUUGCUAAAGAACACAAAACCUAGUGUCAUUAGGUAGUUUAACAAUUACUUAAAGAAAUGGCUGAGUUUUUUUGUCUUUGCGGAGUAUUAAAUAAAAAGGGUAAAAAGGCUACUUUCAUUUUUGGAAGGAAUUUUAUAAUUGUGGUGAUGUAAUACUAGCUAGAUUUUACAGAGGCUAUAAUUUAAGCUUAUGUGUAGAAAUACUGAGGUUUAGUUCUAAUGUUCAUUUUAUACUGGUAGAUGCCGUUCGGGAUUUUUUUCAGCGGCAGGGAAUACAAUUUUUUUUAUCUGACGUAGAAACUCGUUGAAAUCUGGGCUGAACAGUAAGAUAUUCAGACAUGUAGGUUAAAGACAAUUUACGUGUAUCAGUCAGAUCAAAGUAUGGGUGUUUCAGUGACUCAGCACUGUCCGAUCAGGGGCACCCAACGGCAAUUUUCGGGAAAAUAUCUGUUCUGAAGACGAUUUGAGAACUAGAAUUUUCGGAACAUUUGUUGUAAAAUUUCUUGCUUGCCUGCCUCUCCUAGGAUUUUCGAACAUCUACAAAAUGGUAUAAUUACCCAUUUUAAACGGAUAUUUACCCUAAAAAAGGCCACCUAGAAUUUUCGGGAGCCUUUUCCUGGCUGAAAUUUUCGAAAAGGUAAGUUUUGAUCCCUAUAAUUUUCGGAUCACUAGACUUUCAGCUUGGAAAUCCGAACAGAUGAAAAGUUUUUUAGGGGAUAAAAAUAUGCCUAUAUCUACCGUUUAAAUACUAAAAUACGCUCAACAAUGCUAUGUUAAGUGGUUUUGAACUAUAUCCUCGUUGGGUGCCCCUGUCCGAUCGACAACAGAGCCAAAGAAAAUUAAAAGAUGUGGCACAUCUAUAGGAAACAGAGCUGGAUUGUGAGGAGAGCCCCACUAGAAUUAUGAAGUUUCAUUUUAAUGGGAGCAGUUGAGCCAUUUAAAAAAAAUUGCCCUGUUAUUUGUGCUUGUGAACCAUGCAAGCCUGUUCUUCUUUCUUCUUGCAAGUAAAGUAGAUGCUGUAUGAAAGCAGGAUUUUCUUUAACAGGGCAGGAGAAAACCCAUGUCCAAAUUGCAUGGGGCAAGUAAAUUUUGAUCUUGGGCAAAUGAAGAUAGCAGUUUGGUCACCCAGUCAAUUUUGUUCCCAAACAGGACAAGGGUAGCGCAGACUCUGGGAACGAGAUUGGUCGCCCAGUGGGCAAUUGAUCAUGUAACUCUGUCUGAAAGUGUCAGCUUAGUAAAUGAUAAUUAGGUUAUUCCAGAAAAAAUCCACACCCCCACGACGGAAGGCAUGCUGGAAAAUCUCACGGGAGGGGGGGUUAACGGCUCUGGAAAUUCAGACGGGAGGGGGGCUCUGAAUCUAAAAAUACAUCCUGGGGGGUAACUUUCAAUUUCAUCGAUGUUUCAAUUGCUUUAAUCGAUAAGUUUUAUGAAAAUUGCUUUGCCCUUUCAAAUUUUAUUAUUCUUUCAAACUACAGACCUCUUACGACAUUUAUUUUAAGUUUCCAUCGAUAGGCUCACCCUCGUUACUUUUGUAGAAGCGACGUGCAAUAACUUGAAUAUAUCAAGAAAAAUUGCAUAAUUCAUAAAAAAGCGCUCAAUGCAACGAAAGCAAACAAUGAUUUUACCUUGAAUUAAACAUUUUUCCGAGGUCAAUGCUAUUUCAGGGUGAUUUACCACUAAACACGCCUUACAAGUAAGCGUGGUUAUGUUGUUCGAGAUUGUUCGGCGGCCAUUUUGAAAGGCAAGUGUUUAGCGCGUCAUGUAAUAUCCCCCCAAGUGUCCUUUUUCCUUCUUUCGCCGUCAUUUUUUAUCGACAAAGAAGAGAACCAUUUAUUCGACCAUUUAUUGUAGUAUAUAUUGCUGUAUAUUUUGCCUGUUUUAAAAAAAAUAGAGAAGUUCCCUCAAAUAUGAGCUCAUUUGCAAAAAGUGUAAGCCUGGUUAAGAACACACGAACUUUCACAACAAACACAGAAUUCACGGAAAAUUGAGACUUAUUUUAUAAAAGGAUCAGCUAAGUGCCUAAAAGGAUUCUUCUACAUUGAGUGUAAAUUAAAAUUACCGUGUCUAACAAUUUUAUGGAAAUCCAGAUGGGUGGGGGGUCUUUGAACUUGGAAAUCCUGAGGGGAGGGGGGCUCAAGCAGUUUUGGAAAUCCAGGUGGAAGGGGGGGUCAAAAAACCGUGCCUUCCGUCGUGGGGGUGUGGAUUUUUUCUGGAAUAACCCAUUUCCAGACAGAAACUAUUUCAAAACUGACGACUGCAAGAUGAGUGGCACAAUUAGUUGAAUAUGAAUUUUGUUACUCCUGCGAUCACUAUAUUGAUCAAAUCCAGUAGUUUCUCUGUAUCUGACACAGCAUUGAAGUACUAGUAGUUUUAUACACUUUGUUAUAACCUAUACCAGGGUCUGAAAUUAACUUUUUAAUACGAGCGCCAACUGGCGAUCAAGUUAACCUGAGAUCAGGCUCUAUUUUCGUUUUGCUUUGUUAAUAACAUUCCGGCGGGCAUGGCGAAACAAAAAGAGAGCCUGAUACAAACCUUCUACAAAAUGUCUGCCGCCCACUUUUUUGAUUGAUUGACAUUUGCCGAAUCAGCCAACCAAAAUUGCUUCCGUUGCUUGUUUUUCUAGUAUGCAAAUUUUUCACGCGUGGGAAAAAUGCAGACUGGCUGACUUAAAAAAUAGCUUUUAUCUGUUAAUUUUUUCAGCUAAAAAUAAAACAGUCAGCACAAUCACAUUUAACUUCUUGCAAGAUUAAGGGGGAUCUCGAAGGUUAUUUCCGUUGGCAUAGAAGGCAAAAAGUUUUCAAAAAGACCGCGACAUGAUGUUCUACUAGUUUUAUUAUUUUUGGCUAGGCGCGCUCGAAUUUAAAAUACUGAAAUUUCUAUUUCUCCGUUGCCUUGAUAUUUUCUUCGGCAAUUUCCCCCGAUUUUCAGUACAUAAAUCUUUAAAAACAAAAGCAAACAGACAACAAGUGAGGACACCAGUUUUCCUGGUUUAUUUUUUACGAAAAGUGAAGGCAAACAACCAGUCUGUUAACACUGAAAAUUCCUUGAACAGCGAUGCAAUAUUUUUCGUCUAAUACUUCACAGUUGGCGAUUGAGGGUUGUUUCACAGUGAGCCUCCGCUUGCGUACCCCGUUCACCCCGGCUAAACUUUCAAAUGAAAUCAGUUUUAAGGUGGACAGUAUUUUGAUUUGCACCCGUUUGUUGGUAAAUCAAAAGGCACCUUGUUAGCAGUCAACAACUUGCAGAGGGAUUCAACUCCGCAAUACACUCACUUUCCGUCAAUAAACCAAAUCCUGAGAAGAUAUGAACUACCAUAUGAAUUUCCUGAAUUUCCAUGGCACACAUUAAGGCAUAUUUUCCUACCACAAGACCAUAAAACAAUAAAAAAGACAGCAAAAUUGAUCCUUCUCUUCGCCGACAACGGAUCAUUCAUGAAAACAACCACGCAAGGAAUAAGAGCUUUCAACUUCCAGCGUUUCCGACAGCCAAGCAGAUCUUGUGUCAUUUUUCUAACAGCCAAUCAGCGUUACAGCCAAAAUCUAAUGAGCACAAACGUGAAUGAGUUUGUAUCAGGCCCAAUUUCAGCAGUAGCCGUUAGAGAGAAUGUAUGAGAACCGCUCAAAUUGGGCCUGAUCUCAGGUUACAAUCAAGUAUAAAUUUUUGGUCGCCAGAGGGCAAAUUGUGGUCGCCAAAAAUUUCCCCUCCCUUUCAUUAAAAUAAAAAUUUAAAACGAAUAAAAACGCAUGGUAGGGACGUUUUUAUGCUCAAAAAUUCCACUACUUCCGCUUAAGCAGCCCGUACGUGUAUGAGUGAAGUCUAACUUUUUCCACAAAUUACUUUUUGGAGAUAAAAAGCUAUCUGACCUAGAAUUUAAGAACAGAAAGCUAUCUGCCCUUGACUGAACUGAUCAUGUCAAAAGGCUAUUUUCUUCUGAUAACUACCACGAAACAUGAAACAUAAACACAAGUCUGCCAUGUUGCUCGAGCCAGGCCACAACCGUGGAUAUACGGGUACAGUAUAAUUCCACAUACACAACGUACUUACCGUAUUUCAGCUGAAAACAACAUGGCAGCUUUGAAACGUUAAGCGUGUAUUGAUCAUAGCUGUUGUGGAGGUAUUUUUACACGAAGAUUCGUUGGCAAAUAGCUUCGAGGUUUCAAUUCUUAAUCAUUUUCUCUGAAUGAGAAAGUCCACAAUAACAACCAGCUUUACAAGUUGCCAGCUGGCGACCAGCUAUGAAAUUGUGGUCGCCAGUACUGAAUUUUCAGUCGCAUUUGACGACCAGGAAGGUGCAAUUUUGGACCCUGUAUACCCUGUUACAGAAGGUACCUUAACUAUAGAGGAUAGGACAUUGUAUUACCUUUUGGCAAGUAAUAUUUCAGUAGAGGCAAUUGAGAACUGAGUGGGCAAGUGGAUUUCAAUUUUUUUUCCUGCCCUGCAUAAGCUCAUGCAAGUGGCAAAAAUUGAAGUUCUAGUUGUCUUGAAACUACCAGCUACUUACAGAUUUCAAGUAUUUUUCUUUACACUUUGUUUGAAGACCUGAUAAAUACUUGAAGAUGUGCAAAAAUCAAUGUGUGGUAGUGAUGGACAUCCAAAUAUUUCUAUUGUUACAGAAAAAACCACACAUAUUUCCAGAUAUUUCAUGUAAUUAUUAAUCUCUUUCUGGAUACUAAGUGCAUAUUUGUUGUAUGAGGUUCUUUUGUAGUUUCCUCUUGCAUGCUACUGAAUAGGAUCCCUUAGGAUUUAAAACCACUUUCUGUUUUUUUUUUGACUGACCACUAAAUACAGAUGAACCUCCACGUGUGACCACCUUCCUAAAACACCAAAAAUGUUCUCACUCAAAGCCCUUUACUGGACCCUCUCAUAAACAACCACCUCCCAUAAAUGACCGCAACCACUUUUACAGCUGACAGUUUUAGAAUUUUCUAUUGUUUUCACCCUCCGGUAAGCAACCACUUGACACAUGGUCUUCCUAAACAGUGAAGUACAUUGUAAAAAUGGAUGAAAAGGAAUUUAUUCUUUGGCUGUCAUAUUUGUCUACACAUCUAUUACUGUGUUUAUUAGUUUGAUCUAUAUCAACAGUAUUAACCAUUGCCCUUGAGAAAAAGACUUAGAUUUCCAGGUUUCAGUUUAAGAAGUUAAGUUUUUGUUCAACAGACGUUUUAGGCACAUUUCUGUACAAGAAGUUAUGUACACAAAUAAAAUUCUUUAACCGCAAAUUUAUAAUGCACAACAUCUAAUUGAUUGCGCUUUCGUAAAUGAACUGUCACAUAGAAUAGUUGAUGAUUUUGUCAUAAAAACUACCAGUAAUUGUCAGGGGAAAGUAAACUUUCAGUAUUUUUUUAGAAUAAAAUUAAUAUAUGACUCCAUUCUAGGUUGACUUAAAAAUUUCACCCUUGUGGUCUGACUCUCAUAAGCGACCAUCUCCCAUAAGUGACCACCAACCCUUUGCAUUUUGGGUGGCCGCUUACGGGAGGUUCGACUGUAUAUUAGAAUUGGCUACCAGUUAAAAAUAUUUGGAAGUUGCCCCUAAAAAAGGCUAUGUAAAAGAAAGGCAAUGUUGGUGGAUAAAGGCACCAGAAAAAAACCAAGGAGAAAUAAUAUAUUAUAGUGAAACAUCUUCUGUAUUGAAUUAAUCUAUGGAUUGCUAUGCAAGCUCAAAAUUAGAACCUGCAGUGGGUAAUGCUAAGGAAAGUAGGUUGUCCUGUCUGAGAAAGUCAUUUCCAUAUUUGUAACUUUUUAGUAAAAGUAAAUACAGUAGAACCCCAGUAACCCGAACUCUGAAGGGAAACAAAAAACAGUGCGAGUUAGCAGUGAAUUCAAGUUAUGGGGUAAAUUUCAGUGAAAUUUUGAUAAAGGGAAGGGAAAUUUAGUUCGAGUUAGCAGGGAAUUCGAGUUUUUCGAGUUCGAGUUAUCUUCUGCUGUAGUAAGCUUACAUGGAACAUCUUGUUUGCAAAAAAUAAUCUCUAAGGAAAGUGCACGCAUACACAAGCUUAUACUGUAAUUAUGUAUUUUUUUUUCAAAGUACUAUGGAUUUCCACGACUUUAUAGAAGAUUUGCAGAAUUUAACCAAAGAGUGACCUCAGACAGACAGGUCAUUAGAAGGCGACAAGAAGCCAUGAAAUUUGCAUUUAGAAUUCCAAACAAGAUUGUAGCAUAUUUCAGGUAG